CAAGAUCAGGAAGAGUACUAUCCCAAGAACUAUUGGAACAAACCAUUCCUAUAUGGCGGGUGGUGCAGGUGAAAUUCUCAUAUUAGAACAUUAAAAGGGGAAGCGAGUCCCAGGCGCUCAAGGUGCUGGCGUCACUCCAGCUACGCCGGAAGCGGCCGACCGGAGCUGACUGGGGUCAAUUCAAGUCAUGCAGGUUGUGAGAAACGCGGGGUCGAGGAUCUUGCAGUCAUGGGCGAGGACCUCGACGAUCGGGGUUGUAGUCCGAGGCCCAUCCCGGACUGUCCACACCGGAGCCCAGUUACUGCAAGAUGCGGCGGCCAAGCCGGAAGUUGAGGAGGUAGCUCCGAGCCAGAAGAGCUUCAGCAUUUACCCUCCAGUUCCAGGCCAGGAGAGCUCUCUGAGAUGGGCAGGAAAGAAAUUUGAGGAGAUCCCAAUCGCACACAUUAAAGCAUCCUACAACAACACACAGAUUCAGGUGGUCUCUGCCACUCACCAGCCCCUGGCCUUUGCUUCCUGUGGCACUGAGGGGUUUCGGAAUGCCAAGAAGGGCACAGGCAUCGCAGCACAGACAGCGGGCAUAGCUGCAGCAGCAAAAGCUACAGGAAAGGGUGUGACCCAUAUCCGAGUGGUGGUGAAAGGCCUGGGGCCAGGGCGCUGGUCUGCCAUCAAAGGACUGACUAUGGGGGGCCUAGAAGUGAUCUCAAUCACGGACAACACCCCCAUCCCACACAACGGUUGCCGCCCUAGGAAGGCUCGGAGGCUGUAAUGGGAAGAAAGCCUGCUUGGAGCCUGACCUCAAGUCUCACCUUCAGCUGGACCUUGUAGGAAGCUCCUGGCCAAGGUGCCUCCAGAAGAAGGCCUGCUGGAGACCCGUCUGGCUCUCACACAACGAGCUCUGCCUCCGCAUACCACAGCCUUUGCCGGCUUCUCCAACAGAGGGGAAUGUGCCCCACAAGCAAGUUCAGACCUCUCCUGCAUUGUCAGGGCUAACUUUAGCAUGCCCACUAACUGUGAAGUCUUCUUCCAUCCAGAGGUGGACAGCAAAAAGCUCUCCAUCGGGAGCCAAAUUACAAGUCACAUGCUUCUCUCGUACACAGGAGAGCUGAAGGGGCAGCUGAGGCCCAGGCUCCAGUCUCUGCUUUGUGAAAAUAAAAGACCAUCUGUACCAUCUGUA